GGUUUGCCACAAAGUUAAAAUUAGGUGGGACCGCUUUUACAAAAAUGGCUAUAACUCAUGAAAGGCAUGAGAUAUCUUCAAACUCAUAGACGUGCAUGAGCUCACUCUGAGGUUAAAUAAAAAAAAAAAAAAGUAGCUUGGCCACUUGGUGGCGCUAUAAGAUGGAAAAAAAUAAAAGCGGCAAUAACUAUGAAUCCAUUAGUCCCACCAAAUUGGCCUGCAGUGUCUAUGUCCAAUUUGCCACAAGGGUCUAGGAGGACAUUAGCGUAUCUCAAAAACAUGGCCACCAUCGGCAAAUAAAGAUCAAGAUUAUGAAGAAUAAAAAAUCCAAUUGUUGAAAAAGUAUUUUUAAUUUUAGGUCUAAGAUUUAUGGUGGUAUUUUAUUUACUGUUUCUGUCUUUAAAGUUUGUCUUUGAAUUUUCCUCCCACAAAUAAACCUUUACAGAAUCAUACAUUCUUUUAUGAUUUCCACUGCAAGGAUAGAAAUAGUCAAAAAUGUGCAAUAUUAUAAAUAUUUUCAGACUUUGCAACAAAGCAAAAGAUUUUGAACAAUUAAUUAUUGAUGCAGUAAUAAAAAAAGUUGUCAUACUCUUCAUAACAUUUCUUUCUAAUGUAAAAAUGUUAUAAUGUAAUAAUGUUAUCUCUAAUCGGUGUAUACUAGUAGUAAAGAGAGAACAUAUUUUUGCUGGAAUCACUUCAUUUAUACCUGUGAUCUGUUGAAAUUGUUUUGGGGUUUUUUUCUCUUAAAGCAUGCUAAAAAAACAAAACAACACAAAAUGAACACAAUUAGUUUUUGAAGCAUCUGCUAUAGAUCCAAUAUACUAUUAUAUUAUAUUAUAAUAUCAUUACUAAUAUUAACCUAUAUUACACAUUCAGUUUGCUGGACAAUACAAUAUAUUGCAAAAAGUGAUGGCAUCAAUUGCAUAAAAAAAUUAAACAAUAUUCCCUUACAUUGUUACAUCAUAGGUUUUUCAUGCAUAAACAGUUUUCUAAAAGCAUAUACAUGUAUUAAAGUUUAUUCAUGCACUUAUUCACAUAAUGAUUUUGUAUUAUGUUUUUAGAUUUGUAUUUCUUUUCUGACAUGUAUCAGACUCUUUGGGAAUAUAUUCGCAUUUUUCCUAGGCCAUAAUAAGCACUAUGUGUAACCUCUGAUUCUCUUUGCUCCUCUUAAGAGGAUUUUUAUUCCAACAAGUAAACAUUUAAAAGUGGGAACUACAGUGUGUAUAGUGUGUAUCAAUAACUGGUCGAGCAAUCAUGCACACUUAAGGGAUGUUGAUCCCUGAUUAUGAACUCUCUACGAAAAGACCAUUGCAUGUAAGGGAAGAGCUACAUGAUACUAAUUGUAUGGUAUGGUGUGUUGUAUGGACAAUGUCACUGUUUCUCCUCGUUGGAAUAUAUAUAUUUUUUUACAAUUUAUUAUUCAUAACAAUGAUCAUUAGAAUCAAUUAUUUGAUUUGAAACGAUGUUUGCGCACAUGCACUGUGAGAGAAACUAAAACAGGGAUGUGUGUAUGGGGUGUGAUGAGUGGAGCGGUAGAUGAUGCCGCGGGGAUGGUGAGAUGUUGGCAGCGCGUCAUCAUGUGCCGGUGAGCGCGCGCUCCGCCUCAGCUGGUCCUCCAGCGUGUCUACCUUCUUGCCGCUCCAUCAGGCCUCGUUGGCUGGCUGAACUCUCACCCCGGCGCUCGGCAAAUGUCAAAGAGAGGCCCGUGCCGCAGCAAGGGGGGCGUCGAGGAGGAGGGGGCAAAAACAACUGCCUUUUCCCAACCUGUCAUUUGCAAACCUUUUUUUUUUAACCAUUUUUUGGGGGGCUUUAAAACCAAUCAGUAAACAAAACCCCUGGCUAAUGUAAGUGAAGAAAGAAGCGGAGGACAGCCGGCAGACCGCCUCCUUGUGUGCAACGCCGCGGACUCCGCACCGCAGCUCCUCCGCGCUCGUUUCCGCUGGAGAACAUGAGAUAUGAAAAGUUUGCAGACUGGAGCCCGCUGCCUGUACCACCCCAGCCCUGUUCCACCAUGACCCCCAGCAGAGAAUUCUGGGAUUGACGGUAGCAUCACUCCCACUGAUGGCCUGCACCAGGUUUCAGCUAACCUGCUGAAGCUAUGGGGAGCUGUUGGAGCUGUCUAUACAGAGACGCCAUUCAAGACAACCACCCCACCAAAUUCAAGGUGACAAAUGUGGAUGAUGAAGGGAACGAACUGGGAUCGGGGACUAUGGAGCUCACCCAAACCGAGCUCAUUUUGCACACACGAAAGCGUGAUGCCAUCCGGUGGCCGUACCUCUGCCUGCGGCGUUACGGCUACGAUUCCAACCUGUUCUCGUUCGAGAGCGGGAGGCGUUGUCAGACAGGACAAGGGAUCUUUGCAUUUAAGUGCUCUCGGGCAGAAGAGAUCUUUAACCUGCUGCAGGAGCUGAUGCAGUGCAACAGCAUUAAUGUGGUGGAGGAGCCCAUGAUUAUGACCCGGCCUGGCCACACACCGGAGAUGGAGAUGCCUCGAACCCCUCAAACACCAAACACUCCUGGCUUCCCAGUGCAGACAUUUCCUAAUGGAUACCCGGGGUACCCUAUAAGUGCAGACUCAUCACAACCUUCCCUUACUGAUGACCACAGACACAGUCUCAUGGGCAUGGAUGAUCAGACACAUACGUACGUGAACACAGUAAGUAUGGAGAGUGAGCUUUCCAACCGCCACUGUGUCCGAUCUCUGCCCGAGGUACGGCCCCUCGCCUUCACCGAGGCAUCCACCAAACCCAGCCAGCCCAGCAUGCACUGCUGCGGCAUGGAAGACUCCCACAAGGACCCGCAACUCUUCAUCCAGCCAGGGGCCCAGGAGGUAAAGUUCAUGCUGGGGCCGACACCGGCACAACGUCACAUGAUGGAACGAGAGCGAGAGCGAGACCGACAUUCUUCUCAUCCUCUUCGAGCACCUGAUGGCAGCUCCGAAACAGAGGGAGAGGAAGCCCCGCCCCUUCACAUGUGCAACACACAUUCCUACCACCAUUAUCACCAUCAUCUGCACCGGCACCCCAACAUGGAGCCUUGCCCUGGAAGCCAGCUAACAUAUGAGAACAUUAAUGGUCUUCGCGGGCCACGCCGCCAGAGGCUGAGCCCCAGCAGUGCCUCUCAGUCACAGUCUGUGGGCUCAAGCAGCAGCAGCAGCACAGCUGGAGAAACACACCCACAUACACACCCACACGCUCUGCCUCUCUCACACACACAUGCCUCCUCAUUGCCUCCGCAGGGCUACAGCGGGGGUCAUCGUCGCUCUGCGCUGCUCAACUACGAGAACCUUCCGUCACUGCCGCCAGUAUGGGAGUACCGUGCUCUUCAGCGUGAUGAAGAAGAGGAGCAGGAUGAAGAUGAGGAUGAUGAUGAGUAUGAGGAGGAAGAGGAGGAGGACUUUGAUGAUUAUGAAUACUCAGAAGGGCCAGGAACCCCUAAUGGAUAUCAUCAGGAAAGUGGUGGGGGUGGUGGGAUUCAUCGCGAUGCUCUGCAGAACUACGUCAAUACAGAACAGAUUCCACCCCCUCCCCAUCUGCAUCACGCGUGCCCUCCUCAUCCUCAGCCCUCUGAGAGGGGUGGCCGAGUUUUCAGUUUUGAUUUCCGCCGGCAUCGGGCAGGGCGGGGCACAGUUGGCAGUGCAGCUUGCGAGCAGCAUGGCCGCCACCUGCCCCCUCCACCCUCUCGCCAGCUCAACUACAUCCAGGUGGACUUGGAGGCUGGAGCAUCGAGUUGCCCAGGGCACAGUGGGGGCGGAGCUCAAGUGCCACAGAGACCGCCUCCAAUGAAGCGUGGCAUGGCUGCUGCCCCGAUAAUGCCUCCCUCCCGUCGUGGUGAGUGUUAUGCUGUGAUUGACCUGCAGAAAACCGCAGCCAUGUCCAAUCUGCAGAAAGCCCUGCCUCGUGACGAUGGCACGUCCCGAAAGACCCGCCACAACAGCACCGACCUGCCUCUGUGAGAAAUAAAUGAGUGAUAAAGAGUAAGGGGAAAAAGGUUAUGGGUAAGAGUAGAAAACAAAGGAGCUCUGUGGUGUUACGGUUCUCUCACCAUUUAGUUGGAGUUUCCAUCCUCACACUCAUAAUUUAAACACAUUUGCACUUAUGCCAGCUACUUCUUGUGGAUACAAUAAGGUAAAACUGAAUAUACCAGCUGUAUGUUAUAUGAAUUCAUGCAAUUUUUAAAAGGUGGUCCAUAACUGAUUUUGGUGCCCGGUGACCAUCAAUUUGUAGUCAAGCCCCUCCUUUUAAACUGAGCCUCAGAAUUAUACCUUUACAGGUUUACAAGAAAAGGUGUUUUGAGUAACCUUAAAAGAAAUAUCGCAUUCCAGAUCAGACAGCUUGUUUGUUCACAGCAGGUUUUUACUCAUCCAUUUGGUCUAUCAUUAACUUUUAUAGUAUUUUACAUCUUAGAGUAGAAACAUUUCUUUUCUUUAUUAUUAAACAUUCAGUGCAUUCAAUUUAAUAUAGAAAUACAGUUUGGAAUGUUCUUUGUGUCUAAAAUUACAGAUUAAGAGAGAGUAAAAGACACUACAGGUAAAGAUUACAGCCUAACUGUUAUUCCCACACCCCCGAAAUAAUCACGUAUCUAUUCCCAUUCAAGUGUUAACAAAGUGCAAAUCCAAGAGUAUGUAUUUAUGUAAAUCUAUGUUUUGGAAAAACUGUGCAAAGCAUCAUAGCCAUGCAUAUGCAGAAGGAAGGACUUUCAUUAUUUUUUUAUAAUAAAAAAAAAGUCAUUCCAUGAGCCUUGAUUAGGCAAACCUUAUUUAUAUUAAUUUAUUUAAUUUUAUUAUGCAUAUUUAUGCAUUUUUGGAUUUGGUUAAUUUUGUUAUUUGACUCUUAUACAUAAGAGUAAAUAACGUAUAUAUGUCAAAGAGAUUAAUUGUCUCCUAAAUAUAGCGUAGGCGAUGAAGAAGAUAGAAUCCAACUUUGUUACAUGUCAUGUCAUGGUUCCAUUUGUUUUUUUUAACUGCAGUUUCAUGUGGAAUAGUUUUAUUUUAGUGACAUAUUGUGCCAAACAGAUGAAUAUUAUACUGAAUCUUGUGCCAAUAGUGUAUAUGGAGUUUUAGGGCUAUCAACAACUAUAAACAGCUGGGAAAUAAAAUACAGCUGUACUCAUUUCACAAAGAAUAUAAGCUAUCCAGGGCUAAAAUGUUGAUGAUUUAGACAUUGCCUCCAAUUAAUACAUGCCAAUUCAGGAUUUUCAGUUGUAUUUUUUUAUGAAUUUAUCGAAUCUGGAUGUUCUGUUGUUGGUGGCAGAAUUCCAGUCAGGGUUCAUGUUUGUCUGUUCCACCUAUAGUAACAGGUAGCUUAUUGUACAUGUUGCCUUGCAGUUACACUAUACUGUGAAAAAGACUAAUAUGAAUGAUGGCUCAAAUUCUGCAAUUACCUGGCAUUCAUAUUGACAAGGAUUAAAGCUCAAAGAGUUGUCUUAGGAAAGUUUUCUGCACAAAGUUUAAGACUAAUCCAAAAGUAAAAGGCUUUUCAAUCAAGAUUCUGACUUUAGUAUAAGAUUGAGGUUAUGUGUGAUGAGGGGAAAAAAGGGCCAUAACAUAUUUGCUUGUAUUAUUCAAGUCACUGGUCUGUACUUCCUGAGUUUGGAAAGUUCUUUCCAUCAAUUUGUCAAGAUUUCAUGUUGUUACAAGAAUUGUGUAUAACUGUAGUAUAUCUACACAUUUCAUAAAUGUGCAAAUGUACCUCAGUUAUACAAUUUUAUUACCAGCUUUGAAAAAAAAAAAAGUAAGUGUUCAUAACUGAACCAUAAACUUUAUUUAUAGCAUUUAAACAUUAUGAUUAAAGGCAUAGCCCAAACCUACACAUGCCACUUAGCUGUGAAAGUGCUUAGUAUGUAUAUGAAACUAGGUGGAAACACUAAUAUACUGUAGGUUUUUUUGUUGUUAAGCUGGGUGGGGAUGUAGACUCAGUGCUUCACACUGGAAUUGGCAGCCAUGCUAAACUGAGAGCAAAGCCACACAGAGCUUCAUUUCCAAACUCUUCACAACUAUUUACUUGAUGAAUUUGUUAAAACACUAUUCUCCUGUACCAGUGUGUUAACCCUCAUUAGCCCUUUGCUAUGGAUUUGUCCUAAAUUUCAGAUACUCGUAAUAAAUGAAAGUAUUCUGAUUUCUAAUUAAGAACGAAUUUCGUGACAGACGUUCCCACAGCUUAGUUAAUCCAGCUAGAAGCGAUUGCUCUUCAUAGAGCCUUGCAUUUCACUUCAGUAACGCUGUUAGUGGGGUUAAGCCAAACAAAAUCAACAUGUAAUAUACACUCACACAGGUACAUUACAGUGCUUGUAAUGUGCUCUAAGAAUGCGAUGAUAAACUAUUUGGACACUUUUGAACACUUUUAAGAGAGUCAAUCUAGUUUUAACAUCUAUAUUUUUGGUAUUGUGUGAAAAAAAAAAACAUUUUGCAAUAACAGUUACUGGGGUCAUAUCAGUGUUUGUCUAAGUUGUGAAAUAUGAUGAUCUGUGUGUGUGAUACAAUGAGAUUUCAUCACCUUUCAAAGAGGUCUUAAUCAGCACUGGCUUUGCUGUCUUUCUCAGGCCUUGACACACAUGUGCUGUUGGGAGUAAUCCAGGCAAUGCUGGAAAUGGGGUAUUGUAUUUGUAAAUGUGACAUACGUGUGAUCAUAGAUAACCUAAUUGUGCUAUAAAAAAUGAUAUGAGUUGUUAUUAAAUUUUGGGAAAAGCUAAGGUAUACUAGGAAACUUGGAAUCUUGUGUUUCUGUUGGUUGUGUGAGACCUCUUUGGAUUGUGAAUGUUUUUAUUUUUCAGGAGUUUUCCAUUUUUAAUCUAAUUUUUUAUUCCAUCAGGGUCAAUGAAGUAGCUCUUCGCUGUGAAUUUCAUAUAUUAUGGGUUACACUUUAGACCCAGGCUAGUUGCACUGAAAAUAGAAAUAGGACAACAAUAAUCCUGAAUUAUUGAGAUAUUGAAUCCCAAAAAAAAACAAAAAAAAAAAAACAAAAAAAAAAACCACAUUGUUUUCACAUUUUACAAAGAAAGUCUGAACAGUCAUUAAGCAUUUACAGGUGUCUUAAUUACAAUCUUUGUUUCGACUUUCCUUGUUUAAUUGUUUUUGUCAAAAACAACUAUGUACCUCUCCGUUAAUGCAAUGUCAUAAAUGAGAUUUGCAUAUAAUUCUAUUUUCAUCCAAGCCUGAGGUAAAUUUUCAGCUGAAGGUAAAUUUAGAAGGAAACCUAACUGAAAACUGAGCGACUUAUUGGCAGUCUGGUUUCAUAUUUUGUCUUAAUAAGGCUUAGGCAGAGCUCACUGACUGUGAUGUCCUGCACAUUAAUGUGAACGAGUGCCAAAUGUGUCUGAGUAAGAGCGAUCGAGAGCGGCUCAUGCAUGGACUCUUUAGUGGAGCUUGCUGGGCUCAAAGCUCUGUGAACAGUCUUACUCUCUGUAUGAAUGUAAUACACAGAGACGGACUCGUAAAACGCCCAGAUCAGGCGAUUUACACUCGAUGUUUCUAUCUUCACUGAUAAAAAAAACAACAAAAAAAAAGUGUUACUGUUUUGUCUUGAAAAAUUCAAUUUUUUUCCAGUUGGUUUCUUUGUAUACAGUAUUUACAUUAUCUUGUAAGUAUGUAUUUCUGUGUGCGUACAUAACAUAUAUAUGGGUAUGCGGUGGCAGUCAGCUUUUCCUGUGUUUGUUUACACAAUACAACUACUUUUUUGCCACAGCUGUCUGAACUGUAGGAAGAGCCGUCCGUGCACUGGAAUUCAUUUUGUUAGAUGGACAAUGCGUUGUCAUCUCUGUCCACAGAGAUGAGAUCUUCAGUAGUCUGAUGUAGUUGCAGUCCUAACCCCUUCCUUCCUCCUUACAAUGCAGAGCAGGCAUGCCCCAUACUGAAUGUUAUUUUCAGUCGUAUAAACCUUUGACGAGAAAGGCUUGUACAAUAAAAUGAAUGUGAUUCAAUGUAAUGUCAAUAUUAAAACUGGAACUGUAAAGAAAUGCUUUUACUGAUGAGUCAUUUUAAGAGUCAGGUAAAAAAAAAUUGAUCACAGCAGUGUAGUCUAGAUCCAUAACUUAUUAUGUUGGGAUUGGAAGCCAAAAUUAUUAGCUCUCACCAGAGCUGAUGCUUUUUUUUUCUCGCACUUUUCCACUGCGGCAAAGAAUUGAGUUUCAAUCCUGAAAUUCUUCUCAAUAUUAAACCUUAGAAAUUUUAUAUAACUUAGCAGCAGGCAUAACUUAGCAGGCAUCUUUUCGCAGAAUAUAUUUUAAAUAUGAGAAAUCGAUGUAGAUUUAUAAAAAUUUUCUAUAAUUAUAUAUUGCUUUGUGACAAGGCGGCAGUGCAACAACAUAUAUUUUCUUCGUAGAGUUAACAAAUGUUCACAUUUUCAGACAACAGCAUUCACUUGAGUAUGC